GGUCGUGUUUGACCGCUCGUGUUUGCGUGUCGUUGAGAGUGCAAGGUAGGUACUUUAGGUAGGUAGGGUCAAAGAAGCCCCUCGUCAGAGCAUGUGUCCAUCAGAUGAAAGCUCAACGAAUGCUCGGCCAUAUUCGCAAGAUGUGCUUUUCCUCGUCGUGUGUGGUGGUGGUGGUGGUGGGCUUCUUCCGUCAGAAGGAAUGCAGGGCUUUGUGUCGACCACCCGAGGGCCCCAUUUGGGGACCUGCCCUUAGUAGGUUGGAAAUUCCUCGAUGGGAAAAGACAUGCAUCUCGGCAUGUUCGGACGAUUGGGAUCUCGUACCUGUGUCCCCACGAUUGCCGGGGAGGAGAGCGGGCAAUCUCUAUAAUUACGCUUUACAAAACCACACUACAGGGGUCAUCACAGAAACUAAGUGGCAUACUCAAGAAGGUGCAAUGGGGAAGAACAAUAUCACAAUGUGGGUGCUCAACAGGGAAUCCCCUUUCGCAUUAUCCGGCUGGACACUGUGGACUAUUUUGCGUGAACUUUGGCGAGCGAGAAGCGUCAGUACUACCUAUAGCGGAAAGAGCUCGAGAUUGGGAGGUGCGUGCAGCAGGGAAAGAGAAGGCGAGAGGGAGACGGCAUCACGAGCACAGAGGACCAAUUACGACGGUCAUCCAUACAUGACGUUGAAAUCUUUGUCGGGGGCAUACUUUGAUAUAAUACUGGAAUGCCGCGUCCUGCAAAGUAGAGUACACAGGCCCGUCGUCAUAGUCGUGUCAUGGGUAUUGUGUCCUAUCUCGUCUAGUGUAAUGAAACGCCGGGAUUCAUGGAACAUGUUUCAAAACACAAAGGUGACCUGUAGCCUGAAGAUUCACGCAGGAGCCAGUCAUCUAGCCUUCUGUGAAAUCUCGGCUGUCAUCAUGUCUGACUCCAGGAAUAGUCCUUCGAAGCGUGUGAGGCUCUUUUCCGUGCUCAUUUCUGCGUUGUGUGAUCAGAAAGAGAACAGAGAACAGGAGGAAUGUCCUCAGCGGGUGUCUAUUGGCAACCAACCACCGGUCUUGCAGCCUUUUGAGAGAGCCGGGCGUCCUGCAAAUGCGACAAGACAGCAUGAGGAGUAGCAUGCGAUAAACGCGGCGCCCAUGGAUCACGAAACGAUGGCCGUGCACACAAGAAUACACCAACCGUUUCACAAACACCACCCCGCCCCCCCCGGCGGGGACAUAUCUUU